CUCUCUUUUGUCUCACUGUGGACUCCAAAAUCAACUCGAGUAAAAAAAAGGAAAAAAAUAAAUUAAAUUUUUUUGAGUAAACAGAGGAGGGACUGAGAUCUUCUUCUCGAUCUAGUCAAAAACCCUAGCUCGAAACUCUAGAGGGCCGGGCCAGCCCCAUCACUACAGCUCCAAUGGCGUCUCGAUGAAGAUUCCUCAUUUUGCCUUGCCUUCAUAUCUACGCACGAGAUCAUUUAGAGUUUGGUGAGAUAGCGACCCCCGUCACUUCCUCCUCUCUCGCACUCGCGAGAGAUCCUACUCUAGGGUUUUUUGGAAUGUGAAGCACUUGAAGGCAUUUUAGAGAACAGAAAUGAAAGAGGAAAGGAUGAUGAGUUAGCAGAUAAUUAGGUGAUUCUUAAGCAAUGUCAAGGGUUCCUAAGUGGAAGGUUGAAAAGGCAAAAGUUAAAGUGGUCUUUAGACUACAGUUUCAUGCAACCCAUAUUCCACAACCAGGAUGGGAUAAAUUAUUUGUAUCAUUCAUCCCUACCGAUACGGGGAAAGCAACUGCAAAAACAACGAAAGCAAAUGUGAGGAAUGGGAAUUGUAAAUGGUCAGAUCCCAUCUAUGAAACUACAAGACUUCUUCAGGACACACGAAGUAGAAAGUAUGACGCAAAGUUAUAUAAGCUUGUUGUGGCAAUGGGGUCUUCACGAUCUAGCAUUCUUGGGGAGGUUAUUAUCAAUCUUGCUGACUUUGCUGAUGCUUCAAAGCCUUCUUCUGUUGAUCUACCUCUCAAGGGCUGUGACUGUGGGGCUGUUUUACAUGUAACAGUACAGCUCCUCACCUCCAAAACUGGAUUCAGAGAAUUUGAGCAGCAAAGAGAGCUUAGCGCGAAAGGGUUUCAGAUGCCAUCUGGUCAAAGAAGUCAUGAACCUGUUGGGACUGCAGCAGCUUCUUUGGAGAUAGGAAGCGAACAACUAGACAAGGUUAACAAUGCGAGGGUCAGGUUCAAGGAAAAGUUUGCCGAUCUUCCUUUACUUGAAGAGGUGGGGGAAUCAACAGAAGACUAUGAAGAUUCUGCUGCUGGACUUGAUGGUUCAUCAAAUACCUCAGGGAGCCUUUAUGCUGAAAAAAAUGAAAUAUCUAGUAUGCAUGAGGUUGAUAGUCUUAAGAGCAUGGCCUCUGCUGAUUUAAGUGCACCAGCUCUUUUUCAGAGUCCUAGAAUUGUCAAAGGUGAUGUACGUGAUGUUCGGCUUCCAAAACAAGGGAGCAGUGAGUGGAAUCAUGGGUGGAGUUCUGACUACUCUGCAGAUAAUGAUCAGGUCACUGCUCAUGAAGAGAAUAGCCGUCUUAGACUAAGACUUGAAGGAGCCGAGGCAGCUUUUUUGCAGCUUAAAACAGAAACAAAGUCACUUCAGAGCCUUUGUGAUGAACUAGGAUCAGAAACACAAAGCUUGGCUGGGAAACUUUCUUUAGAGCUUGCUUCAGGGGAGAAACUUACUACAGAACUCUCCAUCCUGAAGUCAGAGUGUUAUAAGUUCAGAAAAGAACUAGAAGAAUUGAAAUCUGCUACACUAAUGCAGUCUGUUUCUAGCAAUAGAACUCCUUCAAAUGGAACAAUGAUGGCAGAUGCUUUUUCUGCAGACCAGGACAGUUUCUCCAAUCAUCAUCAGGCGAAUUGGCUUCAGGGUCUGUUGCUGCUCGAGCGCAAGGUCCAAGAAAUUCAAAAUAAGGCACGCAUUGGAUACAAUGGAAGUGAUUUUGAUUUUCUUAUUUCUGAUUUUGAUGUUCUUCAAGGCAUCCUCCUGAAUCUUAAGCGGGAACUCACAGACAAGUAUUGUCUAAAAGAAACCAAGCUUAAAACUAAUUUGCAGACAGAUUGUUCUAUACAGGGACAUGGUUUGGAAAGAUCUCAGAUAGACCAUCACCCAGAAGGUAUGCUUCAUAGCUCAAUUAAUUCUCACCCUCUGAAGAAAAGUAAUGAUGCUGCAAGCAUACUAGAGGAGAGAAUGUGUGAACUUCUAGAGAAAUUAGAAGCGUCAGAUGCUGAGAAGGAACUUCUAACCAAAAAAAUGGACCAGAUGGAGUGUUACUAUGAGGCACUAAUUCAGGAACUUGAGGAAGGCCGGCAUAAAACGGUUAAUGAAUUGGAAAAUCUUAGAACUGAAUAUUCUUCUUGCCUUUAUACAAAUUCUGCUCUCCAAAGUCAGAUUGAGAAGUUACAGCAAGACACGAGUGAACAGUUCCUCAGGUUUGCAAGUGACAGACAUAACUUGGAUUCUCUGAAUAAGAAUCUUGAGAAAAGGGCCAUUGCCUCAGAGGCUGCACUUAAGAGGGUACGCCUGAACUAUGCUAUUGCAGUUGACCGUCUACAGAAGGACCUCGAACUACUUUCGUUCCAGGUUUUGUCUAUGUACGAAACAAAUGAAAACCUUGCAAAGAACACCCUUACAGAAGCUUCCCAACUAUUUCCUCAUGAUAUUCCUAUGGAAAAUCCAGAGGAGCAAUACCGUCUUGCAAAAUCUGGAGGUCAUACCAGAGAUGUAGAUUUGAGGGCCAACAAUGAAGAGAGAUCUUGUAUGAACGGGUUGAAAUUUGAGAACAUUCAAACAAGUUCGCCUCUCAAAAGAGCUCAGAAGGAAAAGGGUCUGGUAUUUCACUGUGACAAGAGAAAUGGACUUGCGGAUGGGUCCCCAAUAUUUGAGCCCAAAUGUGAUUCUCAAAACCAAAGUGUUGAAUCAAAUAGCCAGCUGGUAGAUGGUAACGUUGGCUCUGAGGAAAAGAGAAGAUCACUGCACACACCGCAAAAUCUCCAAGAGGACAUACAUGCUGAGCUUUCCGAGAUGCAUAUGCUAAAUAUUCAUUGGGAAGUUUUCAUGGAGGUCCUGAAGGAAGCAAUGCAUAGUGCGAAUGAUGGCGUUCUGCACAUGAAGGAAGACAUGUCUAAGCUUGUAGAGAAUCUGAGACUUUCAACUUCUGAGAAAGAAUCCUUGAUGCUUAAUUUGCAUAGCACACUUGAUGACAUCAGAAAGUUGAGGAAGAAUGGAGCAAACUGCCGUUCCGAGUGUGAUGAUUUAAUGUUGAAGAACAAUAUUCUGGAAGCAAGAAUCAUUGAUGUCUCAGAAGAAAAUAGUUCUCUUAGUCAGAAAAUUGCAGAAUAUGAAAGCAAGUACACAAGUUGCCUUGAACAAAGGAAUAAAUUUGAAGUCAUGUUAGAGAAAGAAAGCUUGCAGAGAAGUAGUCUUCAGAGUGAAAUCAAAUCCAUAGACAAAGACUAUAAGGCACUGAAGGAAGAAUUUGACAAUCUAUCAUCAAAAAACUGUACACUGGAAAUAACUAUAGAUCAUCUUCAAAAGAAGCUGGGCGAUCUGUGCCAUAACAUCACAACUUUCAGCAAGGAAAUUGAUGGUUUUACUUUUGAUGAUCCAUCUCUAAAACGAGAAACAGAAAGCAACAACCAUGCUGCUAUUGUCUCCCAUCUGGAAAAGUUUCAGCACGAGGCAUACAAAAAGAUUCUGCAACUUCAUCGUGCUAAGAAGGAGAUAGAACAAGACAGAGAUACCGCUCGUUGUUCUCUUAAUGAGACAGAAUCACAACUUUUGCAUGUGAAAGCGAAGUUUGAGUCUGGCUUAGAAGAGUCUAAAAUGAAUCUAGAGCUGUCAAAUACUCUUGUUGAAAAACUAAGGCUGGAGCUGCAAGAUGUAGCUGAUAAGCUUAGCUUUAGUUUAGAAGCUGAAGAAAAACUCAGAAGCACAAACAGAGAGUUGUCUACGAAACUCACUAUUCUGGAUAUUGAAAUACAACAAGCCAAUGAUGAAAAGAGGGAUAUCUCUCAUAAGCUUCUGCAGUUUGAUAAUGUCAAGGAGGAACUUGAAAGGACAAACUUACGUCUUAUGGAAUGCAUGCAAGAAAAUAAAUCUUUAAUGAUGUGUGUAGAGUCAGGAAAAUUGGCAUACACACAAUUGGAGACUGAGCUCAGCAACUUGCAAGAAGAUCUGAGAUGUGCCCAUGAUAACCUGCAUGCGGAAAGAGGAUCAAGGGAGAAUCUGGAGGCUACAGUUUCGGAUUUUACAUUGCAAUUGAAAGAGAGAGGUCAGGAACUACUCUCUUUUGAUGAACAGAAAUCUGAGUUGAUCAUGCUUCGGAAAAGGAUCGCUGGUCUUGAAACAGAAAUGCAGAAUUUCCUGUGUAACUCCGAAAAACAACGAAGGAAAUAUGAUGAUGAGGUUUCAAGUCUCCACCUCCAAAUCGCUGAUUUGCAAUAUUACUUGGCUGAAGUUCUUGAUCAUUCAUUUAGUGCGGACAUUAAAUUCACUUAUCUGAAGUGUCAAAAGCUACUGGAAUUUAAUAAUUUCAAAGAGGAACUUGAAAGGAUAAAUUUUCGUCUUAUUGAUUGCAUGCAAGAGAACAGAGCUUUAAUGAUGUCUAUAGAGUCUGAAAAAGUGAUAUCCAAGCAAUUGGAAAAUGAGAUCAGCAACCUGAAAGAAUGUUUAAAAUGUGCCUGUGAUAAUCUUCAUUCUGAAAGAGGUUUAAGGGAUGAACUGGAGGCUACAGUUACUGAUCUUACGCUGCAAUUGAAGGAGAAAAGUCAUCAAUUACUAUAUUCUGAUGAAAGGAAAUCUGAAUUGGUCGCUCUUAGGAAAAGAAUUAUUGAUCUUGAAACAGAAAUGCAGCAUUUCCAAUUUAAGGCUGAAGAAUACCGAGGGAAAUAUGAUAAUGAGGUUUCAAGUCAACACCUCCUAAUUAGUGACCAGGAAUAUAAUUUUGCUGAAGUUCUUGAUCAUUUCUUAACUGCAGAAAUUAAAUUCACUUACCUGAAGUGUGAGUUCCAGCUAAGGAGAGAGGAACUUGUUGAGCAAAACAAGGCAUUACAAGGUGAAUUUGAGGAGCUUCAUUUAAAGCAUAAUGAUGUUGUUGCCUCCCUAAGAGAUCAUAUGGCUACUGAAGCACAAGUUGCAGAUGAAAAUGCAAGGCUAUCAACAGACCUUCAGUCUUUGAAAGCUGAACUUGAAGUUGUUGUCCGUGAGAAGGAAGACCUUUUAGGUAACACAAAUGAAAAGAGCUCUGUGUUGUCUGCUUUUGAAAAUAUGAAGGCCAGAGCUGCAACACUGGAAGCCAAUAGUAUAAGAGAAAAGCUCAAGUAUGAAGAUGAAAUUUGCCAGUUCAGAAACAUGCUGGUGAGAUUAGAAAAAGAGGUGGAAGACCUUGGAUUGUCAAAGGCUGAGCUGGAAACGACAGCGAUAAUUCUUCAAUCUAAAUUAAAUGAUCAACAAGCCAGGAUUUCAUUGCGUGAAGAAUGUGAAUACGAGUUAGAGAGGUUAAAAGGGCAGCACAAUGAGCUUAGUUACAAACUAGCUGAGCAAAUUUUGAAGACAGAAGAGUUCAAGAACCUGUCAAUUCAUCUCAGAGAACUCAAGGAUAAAGCAGAAGCUGAGUGUCUUCAAGCUCGUGAAAGAAGGGAGGCUGAGGGAGCAUCAGUUGCCAUGCAGGACUCGCUGAGAAUUGCUUUCAUCAAGGAGCAAUGUGAAUCGAAACUUCAAGAGAUGAAAAGCCAGUUAUGUGCCUCAAAGAAAUAUUCAGAAGAAAUGUUAUUAAAGCUGCAAACUGCUCUUGAUGAAGUUGAGAUUGGAAAGAGAAGUGAAGCUUCUCUUGCUAAAAGAAAUGAAGAGCUGGCAAUGAAGAUCUCAGACAUGGAAGCUGAGCUACAUGAAGUUGUGACUGACAGAAGAGAAUUGGCAAAGGCUUGUGACGGGAUGAAGACUGAACUGGAGUGUACUACUUUAAGUCUUGACUGUUGCAAGGAAGAAAGAUUGAAGCUAGAGGUUUCUUUGCAAGAAUUCAGUGAAGAAAGGACAAGACUCAGAGUGGAACUUGACUUGGUAAAAAGAUUGUUGGAGAACAUGGCAUCAUCUGCCGCAGACAUCGAAGUGCAGAAAAAUCAACCUAAUAAUCAGAGUACUACAUCUAUUGGGGAAAUACUGGAAGAUGGAAAUUCACCGUCUUCAGGUCGCCAAGAAACACCAAAUUUAAACGCUGAUUGUCUUGACAAAGGCCUAGGAACAAAGGCUGGUGAAGAUGAUGUAAAUAGUGAUGACAGACUGAAACUUCCAAGCAUGAGUUCCAUGUCAAGCUCAAGCAGAGAAGUGCAAUCAGCUCAUGUCACUGUGAACUCCCGUCAGCAGAGCCUACCAAAUUCUCAGAAUGCACUUGCAACAAGAAGUUCAAUCAACAAGGAAACCUUGUUGGAGAACGGUCAAAAUCAUAUUGAUGAUAUUAAGGAGCAUUUCAGGGCACAGCAGAAAUUGCUUACCAGCAUGGAUGUGUUUCAUAGAGAGCUAGAAAGGUUUAAAAAUGAUAAUUUAUCUUCUAUUGUACCAUUAGAAGACCAUCAUUUUGAUUCAGCCCUUCACGAUCUACAAAGCGAUUUAUCUCAGCUAGAAAAGGCAAAUGAACAUUUAGGAAGCAUUUUCCCUUCAUUUAAGGAACUCCGGGGCUGUGGCAAUGCAUUAGAGAGAGUCCUUGCCUUGGAGCUUGAGCUUGCAGAUGCAUUGCAGGCAAAGAAAACAGAUAUACAUUUCCAGAGCUCCUUCCUGAAGCAACAUAGUGAUGACGAAGCAGUGUUCCAGAGCUUCAGGGACAUAAAUGAGCUACUAAAAGACAUGCUUGCCCUAAAGAAAAGGAAUGCCACUAUAGAAACUGAGCUUAAAGAAAUGCAGGAACGGUAUUCUCAGCUGAGCUUGAAGUUUGCCGAGGUUGAAGGAGAGAGGCAGCAGCUUGUGAUGACUCUCAAAAUUAGAUCACCAAAUAAAUCAUAGAAGACCAGCUUGACGCAUUUUUAUGGAGAUUAGUACAUCGGUAAUAUUGUAGCUUCUGUAGAUACGAGCAUAAGAUGUAUAUGUCCGCACCCAGAUAAGUUGUCCAUGAACUAUAUGUCAUAACUUGUUUGUAUGUAUUUCCUAGUGUUGUAUAAUCUUUUGCCUUUCACCUUGUAGUCAAUGUACACUUUCAAAGCUUCACUGAUGCCCUACAAUGCUUUUUGCUGCAAGUUCCUUUA